GGACCCCUCUGGGGGAGAAGGUGGGCUGGGGGGCCUUCCUGGGAGAAGGUGGGCCGGGGGACCCCUCUGGGGGAGAAGGAGGGCCGGGGGACACCUCUCGGGGCAUGUGGGCCAGGGAGGAGAGCGGGAGACCCCCCCCGAAGGAGAAGAUGGGCCGGGACACCCCUCUGGAGGAGAAGGUCGUCCGGGGGACCUGCCAGAGAGAAGCCAGCCCCCGCCGCCCCCCCCCCCCCCACAGGAUCCUUGACUCUCCUGAUGCUCGGCCCCCAGAGGAGGACAGAAUUCAGGGGAGCCAGGAGCGCACUGGCAAAGGCAGCUCCGCUGAAGUGCUCCCUCCUCUUGAGCCAAAACCCGCCCUGGUGUGGCCAGCCCCCCUCCCCCAGCAGAUGACCCCUGGACCGCAGCCCGGCAGUGCCCAUGGCAGGGCCUUAGCUGGGAGGCACCAGCAUGAGGACUGUCACCCUCCCCUCUGGAGUCCUUCUCCCUGGACCUGGUGCGGACUCUGGGAAGCACUGUCCACCAGGAGCACCAUGGUUGAGUUAGUGCGGAUGAACAGUGCUGAGUCUGCAGGGCGGCCCAGGGCACCGGCCCGGGCACUGCUGAGGGGCUGUCCCCUGCAGCAGUGCCUUGGUGCUCACACCAGCAGUGUCCACCUCCGCCCUUGGCGGUCCAGCAAGGCCAGAAGUUUCUGGAGGCCCCCGGGCUGCAGCCCCCCUCCCAUACCUCCAUUGUUUACAAACAAGGACAGCGUCACCAGCAUUUAGCAAAGGCUCACCAGAGGCUUGCUUAGUUCCUUGCACGCUCCAGCAGCAAACCCCCCCCCCCCGCCCGGCCACUGCCUGGGAAGCACGCAGCAUCAGCCCUGGGCCGCCCCUGCUCCACAGACGGGUACCCAGAUGGGCGUCAUGCCACAGGACACUGAGGCUGGAAGCAGCCCAGUCCCUCCCGGAGGAGUCGGCCUGCUGGCAAGAGGGAGAAGCAGACCAGGAGCCCCCACUUCCCCGGGGCCUGAGGCCACUCCGGCCUGCACGUGUCCACUGCAUCUGGAAGUGUCCGCAGAGAUGCUCGAAGCUCUUCCAAAGCCGCAGGCCGACUACACACUAAAGUAAGCGUCCACGUGGGUCCCAAACCCUCCCUGUCCUCAACCUCCAGAAAGCCCUCCUCCCUCGCCUUCAGUUACUUAGAUGCGCAUUGAGCACCUGCUGUGUGCCCUGUUGUACCUCCUCUUGCUGUAAGGGGGAGAGUGACACAUGCCCCACAGUGCCCUGGGGAGAGCAGCGCUGGUGGGGGUGGAUGGGUGGGGACCUAGGGCCUCCUGAAGUGACCUGGGCUCAGAGGCCACGCAGAGAGGGAACGUGCAUGGGGCCAGAUGCAAGGACCCAGGAAGCAGGGGGCAGUGGCCUUGAGAUGCAGAUGUCCCCUCUGGCUGCCCAUUCAUGCUCUGGCCCUUCCAUGUGGUCUGCCCUUUGCCUCAACACCGACCGAGUCCACGCCAUUCCUGGGGGCGCAGUCCACGUAAGCAUCAGGACCUCACCACCCACCCACAUGGCCAGGCCUGCAGCAGGGCUAAGAGGGGGACUCCCAGCAGCACGCACCCUGCAGCCAGCCUCGAAGGUGGGGCCCGUUUUAUUCACCUUGUUACCCAGUGGAAACAGCAUGUUUCAGGUCAUGUUGAUCCCCUCCCUCUCCAAAAAGUAUACUGAAGCCUAGUGCAGGCUUUUCUUUUAAUGGUAGUAACAUACACAAGAUAACAUUUACCAUUUUGAUCAUCUCUAAGUGCACAGCUCUGUGGCAUUAAGUAUGUUCACACUGUUGUGCAAGCAUCACAGUGCCCCUCUGCAAUUCUGGCCCCCCUAGCCCCACCCCACCCCCUGAUGCUCACCAUUCUACUUCCUGUCUUCGCGAGCUUGACUGUUCUAGGGACCAUGGGUUGGUGGACUCCUGCAGAGUUGGACCCUCUGUGACUGGCUUACAUCACCUGGCACGGUGUCCUCCAGGUUCACCCAUGUUGUAGCUGGUGUCAGGAUUCCCCUCCUUCUUAAGACUGAAUACUAUUCCAUCCUACAUAGAACCCACAUUUGAUUUGUCCGUUCAUUGUCGAAGGACUCUUGAGUUGUUCUCACCUUUUGGCUAUUGUGAGUAAUGCUGCUAAGAAUGUGGGUGUGCAAAUAUCUGUUUGUGUCCCUGCUGCUACCUUUGUGUGUAUACCCAGAAGUGGGAUCGGUGAAUCAUAGUGUAGUUCUAUUUCUAACUUUUUGAGGAACCUCCAUACUGUUGUCCAGAGUGGCUGCACCAGUUUGCAUGCCCACCAACAGUGCAUGAGGGUUCCAAUUUAACCAUAUCCAAUUUGACCCCCAAAAGCAGGGUCAGCGUCCUGCUUUUGCACGUGGAGAUGCAGCUUUCCCAACGCCAUGUGUUGAAAGCAUAGUUCUCUCCCCAUUAAAUGGUCAUUGCACCCUUGUCAGAAUCAUGUGACCGUGUGGGCAAGGGUUUUAUUUCCAGGCUUUUUAUUGUCUUUCAUUGGUCUGCAUGUCCAGGCUUAUGCCACACUGUGUUGAUUUCUGUAGCUUUGUAGUAAGUUUUAGAAUCAGGAAGUGUGAGCCCUCCAACUCUGUGCUUUUUUCAGGAUCAUUUCAGUUCUUCUAGGCCCCUUACAACUCUAUAUGAAUUUGAUGAUUGGCUUCUCCAUUUCUGCAAAAAGGGCUAUGAUAAUUUUGACAGGGAUUGCAUUGAAUGUGUAGGUCAUUUUGGGUAGUAUUGCCAUCUUAACAAUGUUAAUAUUCUGAUCCACGAACGUGGGAUGUGUUUCCAUUUAUUUGUGCCUUAUGCUUUCAGUGAUGUUUCAUAGUUUUCAGCUCACAAGUCUUUUGUCCCAUUGCUGAAGUGUAUUCCUAAGUAUUUUUUUUUUUAUGUUGUUGUAAAUGGAAUUGUGUUCCUAAUUUCCUUUUGGGAUUGUUUAUUCUUAGUGUAUGGAAACAAAACUGAUUUUUGUGUGUUGAUUUAGUAUUCUGCAACUUUGCUGAAUUUAUUACUUCUAAUAGCAUUUUGUAGAAUCUUUAGAGUUCCUAAUUCUUGAUGAUUGUACGUAAAAGCAUGUCAUUGGUGAACAGAAAUUACUUCUGUCUAAUUUAGAUGCUGUUUGUUUGUUUUUUAUUCGUGCCCAAUUGCUCUGGCUAGAACUUCCAAUACCGUGUUGAGUAGAAGUGGUAAAAGUGGCAUCUUUCUCGUUUCUGAUCUUAGGGGAAAUGCUUUUUUUUUUUUUUAAGAUUUUAUUUAUUUGAGAGAGAGAAUGAGAGAGAGAACACGA